AUGGAGGAGGAGAUUAGAAACAUAGAGGAAAAUGAUGGAAUAAGGCUUACCUGGAAUGUAUGGCCUUCCAAGGGAGAUGCUACAACAAAGGUUCCAUUAGCAUGUUUGUACAACAUUCAUCAGGAGACGGGGGUUCUUGAAUGUGAGCCCAUAUACUGCAUGAGUUGUAAAAGUGUCCUAAAUCCUCAUUGUAACAUCGACUUUGGGAGACAAACCUGGAACUGUAUAAUAUGCAACAACAAUACAGCGCUACCAAGCCAUGCACGAGGAAUAACACCAGACAAUCUUCUGCCUGAGCUAUUACCACAGAAUUCGACAAUUGAAUAUGUUUUGAAUAGGGAAAGCGUGUUUCCUACGGUAUUCUUUCUUAUUGUUGACAUAUGCACGUUUGAUGAGCAGAGACACAUACUUCUUAAGGAUGCACUUAAGACGGUGGUGGAGGGGAUUCCCGAAGAUGCUCUAAUUGGGCUUAUCAAGUAUGGAACAAACAUCGAACUUCUGGAGCUAAGUACGGCAUCGCCACGGAAAACACAUCUGUUUUCUGGCAAGAAGGAAUAUACAGCAGAAGUCCUCAAGUCCUUGAAUGCAGCCUCGAAGUCUGAAUCGCAAGUUGUGGGAAGGUUUCUGAGGAGAAAAGAGGAAUGCCGUGACUUUCUACAGAACAUAGUGGAAGGUCUUGAGAAGGAUCCAUUUCCUGUUCUUCCUGCAUACAAGCCUGUAAGAUGUACGGGCUCUGCCGUGUCGUUGGCUCUUUCGCUGUUAGAAACAAGCUUUCCUGAUACGGCUGUAAAGUACCUUCUGUUUACACAAGGACCCUGCACAUUCGGGCCUGGGACGACAACACCUAUAAAAUUUAAGGAGAAGGGAAGAAACGAACAUCUUGAGGAAAAUGAUCCGAUGUAUGCAGGGCCUGCAAGAAAGUUCUAUACAGGGCUUGCGGAAAGGAUGAAUAGUGUAGGGCACAGUCUUGACAUUCUUGCAGCCACAAUUGUUGAUGUUGGAAUAUGCCACAUGGAGCGGUUGACCACAAUGACUGGAGGGAUGCUUAUAAUGGCACAGGACUUUGACAGAGAUAUUUAUAUCUCAUCAUGUAAUAAAGUACUGAAUAGAAGCAAGGAAGGAUACCUGGCACAAGGAUUUAAUGCAAAGAUACAAGUUAAGACAAGUAAGAAUCUCGAAUACAAGGGGAUUAUUGGGCAGGGAAGAUCCUUAGGAGGAUGCUGGAGAAUAGGAUCUAUAUUUCCAUGCACAAACAUUUCGAUUCUUCUUGAUAAAAAGCCAGAUGCAAAGCAUGGGGAGUUUGGAUAUGUACAGCUGGUUACGCAAUAUCAAAGAAGUGAUAAGAAACUUCUGGUGAGGGUAACAACUUUUGCUCGACUAUUUACAGAUUCAAGGGAGGAUGUAGUAUGUGGAUUCGACCAGGAAGCAGUUGCAGUCUUUCAAGCUAGAUUCCUCCUUCUAAAGAAAUAUGAGGAGAUAAAGGACUGUGAAAGAAUGAUCGAUAAGAACCUUAUCAGAUUCACUAAGACGUUUGCCAGAUACGAUAAGGGGGAGCCUUCUUCGUUGUCUCUUCCCGAUUCCAUGGCAUACUAUCCAAACUAUAUGUUCUUUUUCCGAAGGAGUCUCCUGGUCCAAACAGGAAACAACUCUCCUGAUGAAACAGCAUACUACUCAUCACUUCUGUACAACCAAAAAGUGUCGGAUGCACUGAAGCUCAUCAAGCCUACGCUUGUUUCAUACCACUAUCAAGGCGGGGUUGAAGCGGUGGAAGUAGACAGUAAGUCUUUGAUGCCAGAUGUGGUUCUUGUCCUGGAUACAUUCCACAACGUAGUUGUAUGGAGAGGAGAGUAUGUUGCACAGUGGGUCAAAGAAGGAUACCAUGAACAGGCGGAAUACGAGUUCCUCAAGAAUAUAUUGAAGAGCAGCGAGGAAAGAGCCCGAACCUUAUGCAACGAAAGACUGCCAACACCCCAGUUCUGCAUUACCGAGCAGAACAAGUCGCAGCAAAGGAUUCUCCACCACUAUGUUAAUCCCAGCGGAGGAGGCUCUAUAAUUACAGAGAACAUCAACUAUGAGAAGUUUGAGGAGGCGUUGCGUAGGGUUGUUGUUUUCAAUAGCGAAUAA